GAAUCAUACAUCAGAUCUGUGCGAGUGGAAGGAGAUACCUGGGAGCAUCUACCUACUCACCCCUUCUCAUCCCUACACAGACCUUCUCAGCCCUACUCAUCAGUCACUGCUCUGUGUUGGUUGGAACUAUGAAGUCCCCUAAAGUGAAGUCAUCCCGGAGAGCUGCCUUUAUUGAAUAUGAUGACGAUUUGAAUGAAGUGCUGUGUGAAUUUGAUGCCGUGUUGGAAGAUUUCUCCUCGCCGUUUAACAAGAGACGUUUCUGUUACGAUGAACACCUGAAGACCAUGAAGAGGAGGAGCAGUGCCAGUAUCAGUGACAGCGGAAUCAGCGACUCAGAAAGUGCAGAUUCACUUUGUAGAAACAGUUUUAGUUUCAGCGAUGAAAAACUAAACUCCCCGACUUUGUCUUCUCCAUCACUGUCCUCUCCAGCAGAAACACCACGAAAAGCUAAACUUGGAGAUACAAAAGAGUUGGAAGAUUUUAUUGCUGACCUUGACCGAACACUAGAAAGCAUGUAAAUCACUGUAUACAGUGCAAGAACACAGAAGGCUGUAAAUCGUCAUGAAGUAGAGUUACAUAAUGCAGGCGUUUCCACAAGAUCACACCUACAUACUGCUCUGUUUGAUCUUUGCCUCCACCUGCUGCAUGUAUUAGAAAGAGAUAUCUAUAUAUAUUUGUUUAAUACUUUUAAAGAUACAGUUGACUGUAUUUUUUUACAUGAUGCUUAAUUGUAAUUUAAAAUGCUUUUAUGGAAAUUUGUAAUGUUAUAGUUGAAACAAAUGUAAUUAAGUUUUUUUUUCCAAUAUAAUAUAUUUUUGUAUACAAAAUAAAAUGUGUCCAGUUUUUAA